AUGUACUCGUAAAGUUUCAAAUUAAAACCCUAAAGCCUGUACAAGACCAAACUGCUCGCUGGCUGCAUUGCCAUGACUUUUUGAGCGAGUCCCUCCCACGAAAUCCCCACGCUAUAACCUUGCUAAUCACAAUAUAUAUAUCCUGCAUUCAAAUCUCUCGCUCAUGACCUUCUCCAACUCUCUCUCUCACAAACAUAAUUAAUAUCUUACCUUCCUUCUAUAUUCCCCACAUCCAAAAUUUACAUAAAUCCCCACCUGGCUUGCGACAUAAAUCUGUAACUAUAUAUAAAUAGAUAGAUUAUACAUAUCAUGGCUGACCUAAAUCCAAAUCCAAACACUUCCAACAACGUGAAUCAAACAUUAGACCAAUCCACACCCGCUUAUCCGCCUCUAGUAGUAUCCCCCAUUGACUUUCACCCUCCUCCCCCUACAUUACUCCACCCAACACACCAAACCCUUCCUCAGGCUCCUCCACCGCACGCUCCACACCAAGUCCUCCCACAUUCUCUUCUCACUCCCCACCGCCACACGCACGAAAUUACUGAAAUACCCUCCCCCUCCGCUAGGGCAGCACUACAUAUUCAAACACUACCAAAACCCACCACCAUGGCCUCGAGCUCUUCCGGGAAGCACCCCAGGUACCAUGGCAUCCGGUGUCGGGGUGGAAAAUGGGUGUCGGAAAUCCGAGAGCCACGGAAGACCAAGCGUAUUUGGCUUGGCACUUUCCCAACUCCGGAGAUGGCUGCAGCCGCCUAUGAUGUGGCCGCACUUUCACUCAAGGGUACCAAUAUUGCUCUCAACUUUCCAAGUUUCAUUGGAUUGUAUCCAGUGCCACCGUCCACAUCAGCAAUUGAUAUUCGUACUGCCGCGGCUACUGCAGCCGCAGCUCUACGAAAGAAUAGUGACCCGAUGGAGAGUCCAAAAAUGGGACAAAUGCAGAAGCACGAGGGUGAUGAUAUGAUGAGUAGUACAAGUUUGGCGUCGUCUGUUGGAGACUUUAUUGACGAGGAAGAGCUUUUCCAGAUGCCGAAUUUGCUGGUGGACAUGGCAGAGGGAAUGCUGGUGUCUCCGCCGAGAAUGAACGACUCGCCGCCGUCUGAUUAUGAUGACUCGCCCGGAAAUUCAGACGGAGGAGAAGACCGUCUGUGGAGCUAUUACUGAUUAUGCAGCUCACAACCCUGAAUUAAUUGCACGCUCAAAAAUAAAGAUAAUUAUAAUAUGAAGAAGGGAAACAGAAAAACAGAGAAUUAUAUAUGUGGAGGCAAUACGUACCUCGGAGGCUGUAAAUAACAACACGAUCGACGGCAUGGUUAUGAGUUUUGAUACUUAUCAACCAGGCAGAGGUCAAAUUUUGAAACUGAGGCAGGCAGUGAAGUGAGUUCAUGAGUUUGGUGUGCUUUUGCUUAAUUAUGAUUUAUGAAUUUAUGAGUACAUGUACAACUGUUGCGCGAGGAGUUUGACCUUUUUCUCUUCGUUCUUUUAUUUUCUUUUAUAUAUUAAGAUUGUGAGGUUUCCUUCUGAAUUAUUGCUUAAUUAUAUCUGAGUUUCUUUCUUCC